CUUUGAAUAUGAAUUAAUUAGAUCUCAGUUAGGAGCGUCUCCAAUAUACAGCGUAGGACCCGCGGUGUCACCGCUGGAGACGCCCCGAACACAAUUCACACAGCAAUGUUUAAAAGCGAGCGCACAGGAUAGUUGAAAUGUAUUUCUUUCCAUCGGUUCCAGCUGCGACAGGCGUGUUACACACCGCAGUGCAGAUUAUUGAAUUAACACCUGUUUCGUUUAACAGGGAAAAAGUCUUUUUCCGUUUGCAUUGUAGCUGUGUAUAGUGUUAUCACUAGCGGUACCGUUGCGCAAUGUUUUUUUUUUCACUUUAAUGUUAGUUUAACGUGUUCGUACGUCUGCCUUAACUAAAGCAGCCCCUCUUAGAAUUGCGAGCUAACAGUUUAAAUGUAAGUUGAAUUGCAUCACGAUAAUAAUAAACUGGCCUAGCCUAUUGCAACCCGAUUGCAAAUACUGUUUAGCCUUCACGUGCAGGCUGUUUACGGUAGCGAUAUUCUGUUGCGUAAAUAUAUAUUUGUAUAAAAUGUAUUUUAAUAAUUUGGCAGCACAACAGAUUCUUGGUGCCCUGAGACUUUGAGGUUUUUUUUUUUUAUCGGGUUCUGCUGUCAAGUUCUUGGGGUUUUGGGGUUGUUGAUGAUGGGCUGUGCGCUAUGUGGGCCCGGGGUGAACCACGGGGCCAGAACCGCCCCAGAAGCGAACGAAUCCGGAGUGGAAUCCGGAUCAGGCAGAGGUACUGGAACCGGGGCCUGGCUGAAAUCGGAGCCGCUCCCCCUUUCCGAAGCACAAAAGGGGUUAAUCAGAGAAUCUUGGAAAAUCCUUCACGAGGACAUAGCGAGAGUGGGGAUUAUCAUGUUUAUCAGGCUGUUUGAGACCCACCCUGAGUGUAAGGACGUCUUCUUCAUCUUUCGAGACAUCGAUGAUCUUCAGGAGCUCAAGAUGAGCAAGGAACUGCAGGCACACGGUCUCAGGGUGAUGUCCUUCAUUGAGAAGAGUGUAGCCCGUCUAUCUCAGGAAGAUAAGCUGGAGCAGAUCGCGUUUGAGCUGGGCAGGAGCCACUGUCGCUACAGCGCACCCCCCAAAUACUAUGAGUAUGUUGGGGUGCAGUUUAUCAGUGUGGUGAAACCGAUCGUAAAAGAAAACUGGACCCAGGAAGUGGAGGAUUCCUGGAAGAGUCUGUUUUCGUAUCUGACGGCGGUGAUGAAAAGGGGCUACCAUGAAGAGGAGAGGAAGGACGGAGUCAACAAAGCGAACUACGGGACCCAAGCGCCGUCCGUGCGGCCGGGGGCUACCGGCUCUGUGCAGAAUGACGUAUGAACGGCAAUUCCUGCAGAGAA